AUGUUCCCGUCUUUACAAAUAAAGUUGCGGAGACAACCAUUGCUGAUCUACAGCAGUGUCGCCCAUACGGACUUCCUCGAAGUUCCAGAGCAUCGGCGGGCAACGUGGGCUUACACGGCCGCUCGAGUCACGUACUACGAGGGAAUGUCCCAGCUUGCUGUGGAUAGACAGGCAGUCAAGCCGCUCGGAUCUGGUCUGCUCUGUUCGACCCACUACGACAAGCUGUACAGUGUAUGCCGUGUACCUGGUGAAGAAACAGACGAAUUGGUUAAUUAUGGGAUCUCAAAGCACAUUGUAGCUAUUUAUGGUGGAUGCUUUUACAAAGUGAUGAUGUGUGAUGAGAAAAAUCGUAUGUAUAGCAUUGAGGAACUAACAAAAAUUUUUGCGGAACUUUUUGCUCGGAAAGAAAAUGUAACCGGAUCUGCUAGCAAAGUGGCAGCACUUACCGCGGCUCGCAGAAAUCCAACGAAUGCGGCAUCCUUACGAGAAAUCGAGUCGGCCGCUUUCAUUCUAACACUCGACGAUGCCGAAUACUUCAAUGAUCCUGCAGAUCCAGAUACAAUGUCAAAUUUCCUGAAAAACAUGCUUACUGGUAAUGGUGCUAAUCGAUGGGCUGAUAAGUCCCUGAACUACGUCGUCGCGAAAAACUCACGGUGUGGUGGAACAUCAGAACAUUCGGUAGCAGAUGGAGCAGAAUUCGACCAUAUCAUGGAGAAUUUCAGCGCAUUCGAGUUUCUUACGCCGUAUCCUACUCUGGAGGAACAACGACAAAUCGAAAGAAUAACUGAGAAAGACCGAGGCCUUACACUCGCUAUUCACUUGCCUAUCGAAGUCAAUACGGAGAUGGCUUUCGCUAUAGAACGCAGUUAUUCCGAAUAUUCAAAGUUGAGGGACGAUGUGGAUGUCGCUGCUACACUAUUCAGGUGA